AGUUAAGUAUAGCUUCAGUCAGCGUUGGUGCAUUGACAACAGCGGUUCGAACUCGAAUGCGUCAGUAACCGUUGGUUAUUCCUAACUUUCAUUCUCAAUUGCAGCCCUCAUUGCGGAAAUAUAUCUGUAUUUUAUCAAAAGAAAUCGAAACUUAAAGAUACGGCAUUUUGAGAAAUUUCACUCAAUGGCCUGAGUGCAUUUCCGCUACAACAGCAGAACAUAGCAAAUUAAUUAAUCAUGGUAAACGCAUAUUGCGGUGUGCUAAUUUUAGCAGAUGUGUGUCUGCUAUUUAUCAAAGCAUUCUUCAGCGUAUUGGACAGUGCCUACCGGCUGUUUGUACCGGUGAAGGAGAAGAGUGUGGCUGGAGAAAUAGUUCUGAUUACUGGCGCUGGUCAUGGAAUAGGACGUGAAUUAGCACUGAAAUAUGCGUCUCUAGGUGGAACAGUCGUCUGCUGGGACCUGAAUCCCCAGGGGAAUAAAGAAACCGUCGAUGAAGUCAUGAAAUUGGGCGCCACCAAGGCCUACGGCUAUAAAUGUGACGUGACCAAUCGCGAAGAAGUAUUCAAAGUAGCUGAUCUAGUGAAGGCAGAAGUUGGAAAUGUCACAAUUCUCGUCAACAAUGCAGGUAUAAUGCCCUGUAAACCAUUUUUGGAUCACACCCCCGAAGACAUCCACAAGAUAAUCGACGUAAACGUGAUGGCGCACUUCUGGAUGCUGCAGGCGUUCCUUCCCACGAUGAUCACCAAUAAUCACGGUCACGUUGUGGCCUUGUCCUCGAUGGCUGGUAUUUUAGGCAUCGCCAAUCUGGUUCCUUACUGCGCCAGUAAAUUCGCUGUCAGCGGCAUGAUGGAGGCACUCAAUGAUGAAAUUUCUACAGCAACGGGGAGUCAAGGUUCCAAUGUCAGAUUUACCACCAUUUAUCCGUACAUGGUUGACACAGGAUUGUGCAAAAAACCAAAGAUCAGGUUUCCAAACUUGAUGGCUAUGGUCCCACCAAAGGAAGCUGCUGCGCAUAUUGUGACUGCCCAACGGCGAAACUACAGGGAGGCAUCGAUUCCAAGACAUUGGCUGGCAGUUAACAUAACUCUGAGGAAUUUCCCUGAGAAAGUGCGGGGCUACGUCAAAGCAUUUUUGGACAGCGGUGUUGAAGCCGACACAUAAAGUCCAUAAAAAUCAAAACUAUUUUCAUAAAAACAUUGUGAUUCAUAAAUUUUUACUUGAGAAACCCAUUUUGCAUAUGUAUUUCUUGCCUAUUGAAUGUUAAAUAUUUAAAUAUUUCUUGUUGUACAUAAAUAAAUCGCAUUACUAAUGUGUUUUGAAGUGA